UGGCCAUGUCAAAGGUGUGUCAAAAUGUCAAAGUCAAAGAGACGAUAGAUAAAUAAGAUCAUGAGUGGAAGAUAUAAUAAAUCCGGUUCUUCAUUUAUGAUAGCAAAGGAUUAUAUAAUUAUUUAUUAGACGACAGGUCUUCGGGGUUAUCAUACGUUCAAUUCAAGACCGACAAUGCAGUACGACACUAUAGUGGUAGGUUUAGGGUCAGCGGGAACAACCGCAGCAACCACUCUAGCAAGAGCCGGCCGGCGAGUGCUCGCUCUAGAAGCACAGGACAGGAUUGGAGGUCGAGUUAAUACAGUUCAGUUUGGUGAUGGUGUUGUUGAACUUGGCGCAGAAUGGAUUCAUGGCAUACAUCCAAGCAGAGUUUAUGACACAGCUAUAAAGAAUAACAUCACAGUAAUAUCUCAGGAUUUGACUAUGGAUGCAUACACAUCGGACGGAAGACAGGCUGAUAAGGAGUUAGUUAAUGAACUAAUAGAGUACUGUUUGGGUCAAGUCGAAAAUUGUACCAAUGAUAACCAACCUUUAGGGGAUUUUCUCACUAAAAAAUUAAAAGAACAUUUAAAUGAGACAAAACCAUCAAUUCUAGAAGAUGAAGACUUUAUAGAGAACUUUCUAGAUCUAAUGGAUCAGAUAGUAGGUAACUACGAAGGUUCCAAUAGUUGGAACGAUGUCAGCACGUUCACACAUUAUCAGGAAUUAGAUGGUGAUCAGCACAUGAGUUGGCAUAGGAACGGAUAUAAAACCUUCUUUGAAUUGUUACUGAAUACAUAUAAAGGUGGACCCGGAUUAGCUAAUUUGAACAUUAAAUUAAAUACAGAAGUGACUAAAAUAACUUGGCCACAAAAACCUUUAACUCCAGUAGAAGUGACAUGUAAAAAUGGAGAAGUGUACAGAGCUAAUAAUGUUAUUGUUACUGUCUCUAUUGGUGUUUUGAAAGAAAGGCACACAAGUCUAUUCAAACCUUCGCUACCCAUAGACAAAGUUCAGGCCAUAGAUAAUUUAACAAUCGGUGUAAUGGAUAAAAUAAUUUUCACAUUCAAAAAACCAUGGUGGCCAACAUUACAUACCUUCUUUGCGUUUCUAUGGAGAAGGGAAGAGAAGAAAAAGAUUUCAGAAGAAGAUUGGUGGAUAACUAAGAUAUUCGGCGCUAGCACUCCUUUAGGUUCUAGUAAUACAUUAACUCUGUGGACGAGCGGGGACACAGGGAAAUUGGUGGAGACAUUACCAGAAGAUGUUGUUAAGAGGAAGUGUGUAGAACUACUACAGAGGUUUCUUGGUGCUAAUGUAACUGUUCCUGAACCGACAGCAAUGCAUAGGACGACAUGGUUUACAAACCCAUUCACUAGGGGUAGUUAUUCCUAUGAUAGUGUGACGUCAAUGAAAUACCCUAAUUCUAGGGCGGAUUUAGGGAGACCACUACUGGAUAGUGCUGGGGUUCCUAAAGUAUUAUUUGCUGGGGAAGCGACAGAUUUAACGCAUUUCUCCACUGUUCAUGGAGCCAGUGAUAGUGGAUAUAGGGAAGCUAUGAGAUUACUUCCUAAUAGUAAAUUAUAAAAAAAAACUCGACUUAUCUGACCUGAUGAGAGGCGCU